GUUCUCAGUGAAACAACGCUGCAGAGAGAUGAAAAUCAGUAUUUAAUUGGCAUUCAAAAAAUUACUGAAAAAGAAGCUAUCACAACAAGCACAAGUGUUAUUACAAGUUGCAGAUCAGACAACUAAUGAUGUGAGUGGACUUCAUGCUAAACUUGAGCGAAAACAAAUGGUGGAAAACUAAUGAAGAACGAUGUCAAGAUUUUAGAAUGAUGUAUCAAAAACAGUUUGCUAAAUUGGAAGAUAUGGUUUCAAAUGCUGAAAAGGAACAAAUUGAAAAUCUUCAAAGUAUUAAAGAGGAUUUAGAUAUUGCUAUACAUGGUUUCCAAGAGUAUCAGCAACAAUCAGUUAAAUGUUUAACUGAUUUGCUUGAUUAUCAUAAGAUUAAUAUGAGUAAUCUAUCAUCACACAUGAAAGCUGAAGCAGCAAAUGAUAUGCAGUGGGGUGAUUGCUUGCUUGAAAAAAUAAAAUGUAAAAAGGAUUCAAAUAUAUCUCAUAAACACAUGUUUUUAUCUGAGGAAUUCCCAAUAUUGCUCAAUCAAUUAAAUGCAGUUAACACUGAAAUGAGAGACUGCUUUCAAAAUGCCUACUCUAAUAUACAUCAAAAGAUAGAAAAACAGAAAGGUGCACUUAUUUGUAAAGCUGCAGAAAAAAAAGAUUUUUUGAAUAAUAUAAAGAAAAAUCUGAAGACAUUUUAUGAGCAUCAUGAGCAGUUGCUUAAAGAAUUCCAGCAGCAGACACAAUUUAUUUCGACUACUCAAACUAAUCUGCAAGAGGAUUUCUCAAAGAAAUUGAAUGAGCUGCAAGAAAUCAUGUCAUCCCUUCAGACUUACAGCAAAUGUCAAAAAGAAACGAAUAAAUGUAUUUUUGAGCUCGAAGGAACUUGUUUUAAAAUAAAGGAUAAUAUAGAAGUCUUAAAAGACAUUGAAAGGCCUAUGGAAAUGUUAAUACCCUCAUCAGAAGAAACUGAAAAAGAGAAGGCUAUUUUAGAUGAUAUAUUAAGUACAAUAAAUGUAAAAGAGUUUGUUACAAGAAAUGAAAGCAUAUUUGAAAGUGGGCAGAAUAUAAAAUCUUCAGUUUGCAAUCUUAUGGAGCAAAAUACAAAGGCAGAAGAGGAAAAUUUUACAGAAAUUAAAACUGCAUUUGGAAAUCAUUCAUUUUUUGUUUCUCAAAAUCAGCAAACAGCAGGAGACAUUUUUAAAGAUAUUGAAACAUCUUUGCUAAAUAAAGUCAGAAAUGAUAGCUCUCUACUUCAAAAACGCAGUGAAGUAUUGCAGACCGUUACUCUGAAAUCAACAAAUACUGUUAAUGAGUCUGAAAAGGCUAUUAACGAAGCAGCAGCAAAACUUAAAAAUGAAAUAUUUAAAAGAGAUCUUGAAUUUGAGAAAUUCAUUGCAGAAGACUUAGUUAAAGAUGUUUCUACAGGAACAACACCUGUGCGAAAAACAUAUGUUUAUCCAAAGAUGCUUGUUGCAACAUCUCCUCAUGACCGCAUACUACAGAGGUUUCACGCACAAUUGGCGGCUGACACCGCAGUUGCAGUAAACUUGCCUUUAGAUUCAAGUUUAAAUGAAAGUGAAGAGCUGAAAAACACAGAUAAUGAUGUAAGUCCUGAAGUUACAAACCUGAAUUCAUCUGUAAGUGAAGAUUCUAGCUGCGAAACUGACUCUUCAGUUGCCUCUUCUGUAUCAGACGCCAGUGUAGAUAGAAGUAAAAACAAAGAAAACUGUUAUUUAUCCAAGAAGAAAUCUCGCCUUCCCAAGCGAAUUCCAAAGAAAAAGGUUUUUGCAAAACCUGCACCAAUCUCAGGACGAAAACCUUUAGUUUCAUCAAACACCGAAAAAAUUCCAAUUGCUGAAGUAUAAAAGAUAUAUAUUGACUAAAUCGUGGACUGGUUUUUGUGAGGUUGCUAUUAUUUUUGUAACUGCUGCACAAUUUCAUUUUAUCAAAUUUUUAAAAGGCUGAAAAAAUGUAUAUAUUUUUUUCUAUUUAAUAUUCAUCAAUGUGUCAAGUAUUAAAACUUAAGAUUUGUUAAUACUUUUGUAAGGAUGAGCAUAUAAAUAAAAUAUUUUAUUUAA